AUGGGGUGUCCCAAGAUAUGCAAGAAUCGGUUUCGAGGGUGUCAUUGUGCAAAGAGCCAAUGUCGAAGUCGUCAAUGCCCAUGUUUUGCUGCUGAUAGAGAAUGUGAUCCUGAUAUUUGCAGAAAUUGCUGGAUUGGGUGUGGUGAUGGUAGUUUAGGUGUACCUAGUCAAAGAGGAGAUAAUUAUGAAUGCAGGAACAUGAAGCUUCUCCUGAAACAACAGCAAAGGGUUUUACUUGGGAGAUCUGAUGUUUCGGGUUGGGGUGCUUUCCUCAAGAAUAGCGUUGGAAAACACGAAUACCUUGGGGAGUACACCGGGGAGUUAAUCUCUCAUAGAGAAGCGGAUAAACGCGGGAAGAUAUAUGACCGUGAAAAUUCAUCUUUUCUUUUCAACCUCAAUGACCAGUUUGUUCUGGAUGCUUAUCGGAAAGGUGACAAGUUGAAGUUUGCCAACCAUUCCCCUGAUCCGAACUGCUAUGCAAAGGUUAUAAUGGUAGCAGGGGAUCAUAGAGUUGGUAUAUUUGCAAAAGAGCGAAUAAGUGCAGGAGAGGAGCUCUUCUAUGACUAUCGCUAUGAGCCAGAUCGAGCUCCUGCUUGGGCGAGAAAACCUGAAGCUCCUGGCUCCAAGAAGGAUGGCACAACUUUCCCUUCAGUUGGCCGAGCGAAAAAGAUUGCUUGAAUUGAAAUUUGGACUAUAGGGAUAGCUACCCAUUCGAUUAUUAUUCCUUACGCAUUUCAUUUAUUGCUAAAAUCGAUAUCAUUCCUCAAUUUAAAACCCUCAAUGACCAGACCAUUCACGUAUAUUACUACUACUCGUUGAGAAUUAUGCCCACUACUUCUUACUCUUUUCUCAAAACUCUGUGACAAGUUAUAUGCUGUUAACGAAACGUAUAAUUUAUUUUAAAUGGCGCAUUUUGUUA